GCAGAAUUUGACCAAAAUUUAAGCGUUUUACUAUUUGGCGUUGUUGUUCUCUAUAGCAGACUUCCUCUGUCUUCUUCACUUCGAUUCUUCUGCAACUUCCAACCCAAACCCGUCAAAUCAACAAGUUCAAGGUAAGCCAACUUUAGUUUUCAUUUCAAUUGAAAUUUUCGAGCUUUACAUUUUAAUCAUGUACUUAAGAGAAGGCCGCUCUUUAUUGCUGAAAGUUAAGAAACCUUCAAUCCCAUUCGUUUUAAACACAAACCCAGUUUCAACUCCCAUGAAAGAACCCCAAUCCGAUCAAACGCAGUCCCAAAUCGAAGAAUCCCAAGUUCUCGGCGCAUUAAAACAAGAACCCAACAUUUCUUUAGCUUUAAACUAUUUCAAAUCCAUAGCCAAUUCAAAUUCCUUCAAACACACCCUCCUAACCUACCAAUGCAUGAUCCGCAAGCUCGCAAUCGAACCCGAAAUCGAUGGUAUUCAAUAUCUUUUGCAACAGAUGAAAUUAGAUGGUAUUAGUUGUAGUGAAGACUUGUUUGUGAUUCUUAUUGAUUGUUAUCAUCAAAAGGGUUUAGGUGAACAAGCUUUGAAAAUGUUUUAUAGGGUUAAGGAAUUCGGCUGUGAGCCGACUGUUAGGAUUUAUAAUCGUGUUUUGGAUGCGUUGCUUAGUGAAAACCGGUUGUCGAUGAUUGGUCCGGUGUACGGUAAUAUGAAGAGAGACGGAUUGGUGCCAGAUUUGCAUACUUAUAAUAUCCUUUUGAAAGCUUUGUGUAUGAAUGAUAAGAUAGAUAGUGCUUGUAUGUUGUUGGAUGAAAUGGCAAGCGUCGGGUAUUCCCCGGAUGCUAUGAGCUAUGCGACUAUAGUUUCUUCGAUGUGUAAACUCGGUAAAGUCGAAGAAGCUAGGGAGCUCGUGAUGAGGUUUAGGUCUUAUGUUAGUGUUUAUAAUGCGUUGAUUAGCGGGUAUUGUGCGGAAUAUAAGCUUAAGGAAGCAUUUGGUGUGUUGGAAGAUAUGUUGGUGGAAGGAUUAGAACCCGAUGUUAGAUCGUAUUCGAUGAUUAUCAGUUCCCUUUCGAGUACGGGAAAUAUCGAGUUGUCACUCGCGGUUUUUGCCAAGAUGUUUUUGAGAGGGUGCAGCCCCAAUAUCUACACUUUUUCGUCUUUGAUAAAGGGGUAUUUAAUGGAAGGAAGGGUUCAUGAAGCUUUUGACUUGUGGAACCGGAUGGUUCGAGAGGGAAUCGAAACGAAUAUGGUUUUCUUUAACACGGUAAUACACGGUCUCUGCUCAAACGGGAAGGUCGGUGAGGCUUUAUCCGUUUCCUAUCAGAUGGAGGAAAAUGGCUUGUCUCCGAAUGUAGUCUCGUAUACCUCUCUUAUCAAUGGAUUUGCAAAGGUCGGUGAUUUGAUCGGUGCAUCCGAAACAUGGAAUAGAAUGAUGGCUAAUGGUUGUCACCCCAAUGUCGUGGCAUAUACCAGCAUGGUCGAUGUUCUUUGCCGGCAUAACAUGUUCGACCGAGCUCAUUUUCUUAUCGAGAAGAUGGUGUUGGAAAACUGUGCUCCGAACACGGUUACUUUCAAUGCAUUUAUCAAAGGUUUAUGUAGUAACGGCCAAGUUGAUUGGGCAAUAAAAGCACUAGAGGAAAUGAGGCAUUAUGGUUGUGCACCUAACAUCGUAACUUAUAACGAGCUCUUAGAUGGCCUCUUCAAAGCAGAUAGACUAGAAGACGUGUUUGGGCUCAUAAGGGAGAUUGAAGAAAAAGGGAUCGAGUGGAAUUUAGUCACUUACAACACCAUUCUGUCCGGAUUUUGUCAUGCUGGUAAACUAGAGGAAGCUCUGCAACUUCUCGGGAAAAUGGUGGCUCGAGGUAUAAAACCCGAUGCAAUCACAUAUAACAUAAUAAUCUUUACCUAUUGUAGGCAGGGUAAGGUGAAGACUGCGGUCCGAAUUUUGGAUUGUGUUCGUGCUUCGGGCGAUUGGCAUCCCGACGUAGUCUCGUAUACCAGUCUUAUAUGGGGACUUUGUAAUUGGGUUGGUAUAGAAGAAGCCAUCUGUUAUCUUAAUAAGAUGAUAAAUGAAGGGAUAUGUCCUAAUGUUGCGACAUGGCAUGUUUUCGUCCAGUGUUUGUUUAACAGCUUAGGUCAUUUGGGACCGAUUCGAGUCUUGGAUGAUAUUCUAGGUAACGGAUGAGAACACGUCCGGCUGGGAUUCUUUUCAGGCCAAGGUCGUAACAAUGCAAAGGAUGCUCGUGCCGAGUGACUGAAUGCACCUGUUGUCUACCAUUGUGGGCAUGUAUGUUCAUUGUGAACCACUAGAAUUGUUCGUCCACCCGCUUCUGAAUUAUUUUAUCAUGUCCCCAAGACAGAGUCCGUGCACUCGAACCGGCUCCGGCUCGUGAAAACCUUGUGAGAACCCGAAGCUUGCGAGUUUUUUCUAACCGGCUACAAGUGACACUACACCUAAAACUUUCCGGUUUCGUUUUCCUCCUCAACGUGGCUUUGCUUCUUUUUAUUACACUGCCUGGUUAGAGAAAAAACCGAAAACUGAUCCGAACCGAACCAUAGUGCCUGAAUGAUUUUUGAAAUAUAAGUAAAAAGUCGUGGUUAUUUUUUGAAUUUUAUUUUUUAUUAAUUUAUAAUUGAUUUUAUUCUUUUUAUGAUGUA